AUGAGGGACGGCGCAUUAGAUCCUUAUGAUAUCGGUAAAUACGGAAGAUUCGAAUUUUUCUUGUACACUACCUCUGUUGGAGUGAUUAUAGCAAUUCUUUCGUUUGUGGCAUCAAUUACUGGGCUGCUAGAAAAACAAGGCAGAACACUCGCUGUAAGUUGCUGUAAUAUUCUGAGGAGCCAUUUAUCUUAUUCCAGUUAUCUUUCUUUCACUUGUCUAGUUACCUUAUCCGUACCUUGCCACGCCUUGCCUUCCUGAUGAGACGCGGUAACACCUGCUUUACCUUCAGUCUGAUGAGACACAGUAGCGCCUGCAAAAUAUUACAGGGCCGUAGCAACCGGGCUGCAGCUCCCAAUAAUUUUUUAAUAAUCAUUCUUUUUUCACAAUCAUGUAGACCUUUAUCAAUUUUAAGCUUUAUUAGUUUUCAACGGCUACAUUAUCCAUGACAAACUGCAAAGAAUGAAGAUAUUACCCACACUUUCCUGCAACUUAUCCAAUAUAUAGUUAAUUAAAUACACCUUCGCCCUUUUAAUAGUACCAAAUUGUAAAUUUUGAUAUACUAAAACGCUGUUUUCUGACCAUCAGAAUUCUAUCAAAUCUUCCCCAAAAUCCAGGAAAUGGCAUUUCAGAGACUCCCCCAAUCAAAGAGAGCUUCCUACGGCCCUGUAUUAACCAAAAUUUCUAUAUGACACCUAAUUUUAUUUUAGAUGGUUGUCCUACAUGCAAUUUGGACACUGCAAUUACUGGUUUCAACAGUUCUGCUCGCUAAAACCCUGGCCACAUUAGAGAAAAAAGUAGAGUACCUUUCUAGCACCGUUGGCAAAAAGAAAUCCAACUGCCAAUUAUUGGAUGAUGCAAAUCAUGAUUUCACAUGUAGUCAACUAACCGCUGGAGUGGUAAGUUCAUUAUUUGCAAGUCGGGACUUUUCUCCGUUCCGAGUUGUUGCUAUCAAUUUUUUAUCUUAAUAUCUGCCAAAAAUAGAUCGUCAAUUUUUACUAAAGCUCUGUAGACAGCGGAAAUGAAAAGUCCAUGAGGCUAACUCAGAUAAGAUAGAAUCUGUUUUCAGUCUGACAACUUUAAGUAAUAUAAUAUGAAACAUCCUCCGAAUAAUAUAGCAUGUCAGUUGUACGUACUGUCAAGAUUUGAGGUAUCUACAAGCAUAGUCUGUCUGAUAUGAUGGUCUUUCCAGCCCGGAAAAUUUCAAAGCCACAAAAUAGAAGACAUUUGUUUGAUGUUGAACUGUACCUCAGCGUGCACAAAUCGGCUUUGUCUCAACUUCAUUAAAUAUUAAUAAUUCAUCGUACGUGGUUGCAAGUUUCAUCUCAGCUAGGAAAGAGCCUGGGAACGAGGUUGCCCUAUUCGAUGGUACAAUGAAUAAUACAAUGAGCUAGCCUGCGAACAGGCUCUCAAGCUGAAUUGAGAGCCUGCAUCGAUGACUAAUGAAUUUGAAUAUCUGCGUCUCAAAUCGUGACGCGAAAUUCUCAUUGGUCUGCAGAUGCUAUAAUUUAUAUUAUUCCGCUGAGCUCUAUAUAUAUAUGUCAACUGCUAGCACUAUGCAUAAAAAACACAUUAACUGAUCAAAUUGGUCUUGGCCAUCUUAUCUCAAAGCACGAAAUGUUCUGUUUUGAGAAAACAGUAUUUAAAACAUUUAAACUUGUGCUUCAAUAUCUUAUAUUUCGAAAAACAGUAUAAACUGUACGGUCUAAAUUUAGUUUGCAUGGUCUAAAUUUAGUUUGCACGAAAGUUGUAAACAACACCAUAUAAGGAUAGACAUUCCAUAUUUGGAAAAACGAACGUUACGGGGCAGAUAUUCAAAUUCAUUAGUCAUCGAUGCAGGCUCUCAAUUCAGCUUGAGAGCCUGUUCGCAGGCUAUACAAUGAGCUUAAUCACCGUGACUGUGCACAAAUUAACAUAAACUCAGACAAAAACAUUUUACAAUGAUUUCUGUUUAAUUUCCACACCAUCAUAUCUUGACAGGCUUUGCUACAAGUCAAGAAAACACGAUGUGCGGUGAUGUUUCGAUUUUAUUUCAAAAUCAUUGUCAAAUCUAUCCAUUUUUUUGUCUUUUCUAGGUAUUUGGUUCCUUCGGAACAAUCCUGUUUCUCGUGGACACCAUUGUCUGUUCUAUAAUAAUCGCCCGCUGA